AUGGACACGAUCAUCACAGGCUCGGCCUUUGGGGCUAGCCUCGCCGCCUCCGGCAUGUACGAACCCUACCUGAUAGCCUCACAAUUCACGCUCCAGAAGUGGAACAUGGUCCAGACCUUUUUGACGGCCACGGGCUGUAGUGCCCUCACCAUCGAACUCCUUCGCCGGCUGGGCCACCCAGUCCCACCGCCCCGGUCCUGGUCUCCAACCGGCAUCACGGGGUCCCCUAUCGACGGCAACGUACUGGGUGGCCUGCUCCUCGGCGCAGGAAUGUCCCUCUCUUCGUCCUGCCCAGGCAUGGUGUUCCCUCAGAUCGCACUGGGCAUCCCAUCCGCGCCCGCCAUCAUAGCCGGCGCCUCCGUGGGCGGCAUCUGCUGGUCUGCUGUGCUGCGGCCCUGGAUCGCCGCCAGGAGGAAACAGACCACCAUCACCAACACCACACCGCCACCCGAGGUGAGCCUGGCGGGGUUCCUGGGCACGCGGCACACCACCGCCCUCGUGGCCUACGGGACCGCCCUCGCAACCAUCGUCGCCGUGGUAGCCCUGCGCAUGCCCUCGGCAUCAUCACCGCUGCACCCUGUCACGGGGGGUCUGGUCAUCGGGGCCGCGCAGGCCGUCUCCCUGCUCCUGAGGGGUUCGCUCUUGGGGGUGUCGACGUGCUACGAGCAGCUGGGCGACUGGAUUGUGUGGCUGGCGCGCGGGCGGAGGCAGGCUCGGCCAGGCUCGUCAGCGGUGCUCUUCGCAGCGGCCAUGGCGGCGGGAACGUGGCUGCUGGCUCGUCUGGGGCCGGGCUGGGUGCUCACAGAGACGGCGGCCGCGGGCGUGAUGAGCCCUGCGAAGGCGUUUGCUGGGGGGUUCCUGAUGGCCGUCGGGUCGAGGAUGGCUGGGGGGUGCGCGUCGGGACAUGGGAUCAGUGGGAUGGCGUUGAUGUCCAUGUCGAGCCUUGUGACGAUGGCGUGUGUCUUUGCGGCGGCGAUUGGCGUUUCCAGAGUGACGGGCGUGUGA